AUGACUCGUACUUCCGUUCUAGCUGAUGCUUUAAACUCUAUUAACAACGCCGAAAAGACUGGUAAGCGUCAAGUUAUGAUUAGACCUUCCUCCAAGGUUAUCAUUAAAUUCCUACAAGUUAUGCAAAAGCAUGGUUACAUUGGUGAAUUUGAAUCUAUUGAUGAUCACAGAUCUGGUAAGAUUGUCGUUCAAUUGAACGGUAGAUUGAACAAGUGUGGUGUCAUCUCUCCAAGAUUUAACGUUAAGAUUGGUGAUAUUGAAAAAUGGACUGAAAACUUACUACCAGCUAGACAAUUUGGUUACGUUAUUCUAACUACUUCUGCUGGUAUUAUGGACCAUGAAGAAGCUAGAAGAAAGCAUGUCUCUGGUAAGAUUUUGGGUUUCGUUUACUGA